UAAGCCUUUCCUGGAGGUGAGCGCCCGGCCGCGGACGAGGACCCUGCGCAGGGGACGGGGCGGGGACCGGGCUGCUGGCGGGGUCGGGCGUCAUCCCCACCCGGGGGCGUCCCGGGCCGCUUCGGGCUGUCCUCCCCGGACCCGCGGUGGCCGGCUGGUGCCGGGCUGGUGUCCGGCGGGGGGCCCACCGCGAAGCCCCGGCUCUGACGAGGUCCCUUGCACCCCACCUUUGGAAGGCUGUCAGACUUUGUCACUUUCGCUUUCGUCCCCACCCCCCGGGGGCAGGUGGCUUCACUGUCUUGGAAAAGGGAGACAGCCACGCCCGCGGGGCCGUGGAAAUCUCAGAACGCUGCCCAGCUGCCAGACCACAGGCCUGAGCCCCGCCCACCCAGAGCACCGGGAAAACAGCCUCCACGGUAAAUAUUGUUGGCCUUUACGUUAUAAACAAUCUGCCGAUGAAGACAGGGGAAACCACGGCUGGAAUGACAUCCUCCCAGGCGUGAGGAAAACCAAAGCCCUUUCUCCUGAUUCACCAAAUUAACACUGACCACCUGCGUCACUGAUGAAGUUCCUAUGGUCUCGGGAACAGAAGUUGUGGAACAGUUGGGGGACCUGGGCCCCUAGAAUGGGGAGGACGUGUCAGGAGCUCCCUGUGUUAGGCCUGGGAGGUUUGAAGACUAUGUAUGCUGAAAACAGAAAUACUUGACACAGGGUUGAACCAGUCCGAAGGGCUCAGAAUUUGGAGGGAGUGCCACAGAUGCCCAGAAGGAUAUUUCCAGCUGCGUCCAGACAAGCAAGAAGAAGCGACAGGCUCACCCUCAGACGCUGGUGGUGUAAUGCUCACAGGAUCAUGGGAGGCCACCUGGACUUUCUGUUCGGGGUGAUGCUUGCAGCCAGCCCUGUGCUUGUGAUUCCUUCCUGUGCCUCUGACGGUCUGAGGGCCUUGUAUCGCUCCUGCAACCUCACCCAGGUGCCCCCGGUCCCCAGCACCACCCAGACCCUCCUGCUGAGCUUCAACUACAUCCAGACUGUCACAACCACAUCCUUCCCCUUCCUGGAGCGGCUGCAGCCUGAGCUUGGGACUCAGUUUAUCCCCUUCACCAUUGGCAGAAAACCCUUCAGAAAGCUGCCCAACCUGAGGGUCUUGGACCUGGGCAAGAGUCAGGUGGAUUUCCUGCAUCGCGAUGCUUUUCAGGGGCUGGCCCACCUGCUUGAACUUGGACUCUUCCACUGUGGUCUGCCUGAUAAUAUAUUAAAAGAUGGUUAUUUCAGAAACUUAGUCUUGUCUCACCUGGACCUGUCCAAGAAUCAGAUUCAUAGCCUUAACCUUCAUCCUUCAUUCUGGGAAUUGAAUUCCCUGAAGUCCAUUGAUUUUUCCCUCAACCAGAUCCCCAUUGUGUGUGAACUUGAGCUCCAGCCGCUGCAAGGGAAAAAUCUCUCCCUCUUAAACCUCGCUGCCAGUCACCUGUACAGCAGGGUCUCCGUGGACUGGGGCACGUGCAUGAACCCGUUUACAAACAUGGUCCUAGAAACCCUGAACGUUUCUGACAACGGCUGGACCGUGGACAUCACGGGCCAGAUCUCUCUGGUUCUGGCCCACCACAUUAUGGGGUCCGGGUUUGGCUUCCAGAACAUCAGGGACCCCGACCGGGACACAUUUGCUGGCCUGGCCAGGAGUGCGGAGCUGCAGCUGGAUCUGUCCCAUGGCUUCAUCUUCUCCCUGAACUUCCGACUCUUUGAGGCCCUCAAGGACUUGAAGCUCCUGAACCUGGCCCAAAACAAAAUAAACAGGAUUGCAAGAGAAGCAUUUUAUGGCCUCAACAGCCUCCACGUUCUCAACAUGUCAUAUAACCUCCUGGGGGAGCUUUAUAAUUCUGAUUUCUGUGAACUCCCUCAGGUAGCCUAUAUCGAUCUUCAAAACAAUCACAUUGGGAUCAUUCAGGACCAGACCUUCAGAUUCCUGAAAACAUUACAUACCUUGGAUCUCCGGGAAAAUGCUCUUAAAACAAUUCCUUUUCUGCCAAGCCUAGACACUAUCUUCUUGGGUAGCAAUAAACUGGCAGCCUUGCCGAACAUGAGACUUAAAGCCAAGUUCAUCCACUUGUCAGAGAACAGGCUGGAAGAUGUGGAUGAUCUCUAUUUCCUCCUCUGCGUCCCUGACCUCCAGGUCCUCAUUCUGAAUCAAAACCGCUUUUCCUCUUGCAGCCGAGCUCACGGCCCAACAGGGAGCCUCAGCUUAGAAAAGCUUUUCCUUGGAGGAAACAUGUUGCAGCUUGCCUGGGAAACCGGCUUCUGCUGGGAUGUGUUCAAGGGGCUCUCAUGGCUCCAAAUCCUGUAUCUGAACAACUACUUGGCCUUCCUCCCGCCCGGGGCACUUAGUCACCUGACUGCGCUGAGGGGCCUCGACCUCAACUCCAACAGGCUGAUUCAGGCUCUUGCUCCUGGCGACUUGCCUGCUAACCUGGAGGUGCUGGACAUGUCCAGAAACCAGCUCCUGUCCCUGGACCCCAACUUGCUGGCGUCCCUCAGAGCCGUGGACAUAAUGCACACCAGGUUCAUCUGUGAGUGUGACCUCCAUCCUCUCAUUACUUGGCUCAACCAGACCAACGUCACUGUAUUUGGGUCUCGUGCAGAUACCUACUGCACGUACCCCAACACACUCACAGGGAUGCCCCUCUCCUCUGUUUCCAUGGAGGGCUGCGAUGAAGAGGAGGUCUUGAAGGCCCUAAAGUUGUCCCUUUUCGUCUCCUGCAUGGUCACCCUGACUCUGUUCCUCGUGACCAUCCUCACGGUCACCAAGCUCAGGGGGCUUUGUUUCAUGUGUUACAGGGCUGCCCAGAGACUGCUGCCCACGGUCCAUGCCGAGCACUGUGAGUCCGACACGUACAAAUACGAGGCCUACCUCUGUCUCGGCAGAGACUUUGAGUGGGUGCAGAGGGCUCUGCUCAGAUAUCUGGAUGGCAGAUUCAACCUGUGCUUUGAAGAAAGAGACUUUGUCCCGGGGCGGGAGCACGUCGCCAACAUCAAGGAUGCCGUGUGGGGCAGCAGGAAGGUGGUCUGCCUCGUGAGCAGACACUUCCAAGACGGGUGGUGCCUGGAAGCCUUCACUUACGCCCAGAGCAGGUGCGUGUCUGACCUGGACAGCGCCCUCAUCCUGGUGAUCGUCGGGUCCCUGUCCCAGUACCAGCUAAUGAAGCAUCAGUGCAUCAGAGGGUUCAUGCGGAAACGGCAGUACUUGAGGUGGCCCAAGGAUCUCCAGGACGUUGGCUGGUUCCUUCACACACUCAACAUUCUGAAGAAAGAGAAGGAUGCCAACACGGACAGUAGCAUCCAGCUGCAAACUGUGGCAACCGUCUCCUAGUCAAGGAGCAUUUCGAGCUAAUCCCAAGCCACAGAUAACUCUUACCAUUUCAGGGUCCUGUUUUGGAGAGGUUUUUGUUUUUUUCCUACUAGGAAAACAACAUAGCUCUUGAUUCCCAUAGCCACGGGAUGCCUGGUCUCACUGACCCAGAAAUGGAAAGGAAUCCUGUUUUCUCCAGUCGCGCUGACCACAGGCCACGCCCUCGUCGUGGGAAGGGCCCGGGAGAGGGGUCCCAGAGGGCUGCGAGCCUUCCUCUGGCGCUUGCUCUCGGUCGCUCGGUCGGCAAGGGGCGCCCUCUGCUCCGCAGAACAACACUGACGAAGAAGCACAGAAAAGAGGGCGUUUCCUGCUUCUGCCACAGGGAUGGUGCCGCCGCUCGGUGCCAGUCCCGCUCCGUCUGGGGGCAAGCCGUGGCCCCACGGAAGCGGGCGGGACAGUACCUGGAUCUCAUUGCAGCUGUAGCGCUCUCCCUGUUCCUCGCGAGUUCUUCUUCGCACGCGGCCUGCAUUCCCCUCCUUUCUCUCCCACACCCCGCUCGUCAGCUGCACACAGAUAUCAGGCCUGUUGCAGGCCUGAUUCUGCUGCUCGGGGUGGCUGUGUGACUGUUAGCACGUGACACACCCUCUCUGGGCCUGGUUUCUCAUCUGCGGCCCGGUGCUAUCUACCAAGGACCUCAGGCUUCUCAGAUCUGCCCUGCUGUGGCCCCAAGGGCGUGUGCACAGGGAGGCGCCUUCUGGAGGCAGUGGGAACUUCUCUGAAGUUGUAUUUUUUUUAUCUUAA